CUUAUUCCCCACCCAUUUUUAUUAUGUGUCUCUACACAAAGGUCUAGAGUUUUCUGCUAGUGUCAGGUUCUCGCGAGCUGUUUUACACAUUCUUACAGACGAAACAUUACAGAAUGAACACUCUUCUGGCAUUCAUAUAUGUCCUCUCAGCUCUAGUAACAACAGGUAAGUCUCUAUUUGAGAAGCAAGGUUAUUAUACGGAUGAUGAUAAUAAUAAUAGUAUUAUAAUAGAGUAGUUUACUUUUCUCUACUCGGAUGUGUAAAACUGUAGAUGGUAAAGAACUUUCAAUAAGCAAGGUGGUUACAAAAGUGACCAAGACAGAUUCAUUCGAAAAAUGGUUCUGAGUCAAGUCUCAGGUUCUGGAAGAAAACCAUCCAAAUUGCCUUUUGACCUUAAUAUGGAUUGAUACUUUGUAUGUCUGGCUUUGAGAGAUCGCCUGAGUGGGAUUUCUUACUAAACCUAAAAGACAAGACCUGAAAAGACUCACAGUAUUGGCUGUAGUUCCCUAGUGUGGGUGUUAGUGUCAUUUAAUGUCCGAGCACAUCGUGAAUAAGAGAAGCCAAAACCAUACGGACAAAAUCUUUUGUGAUUCCAAUCUUCAUGUUCCUCACAUAAUAAAUUAAUAAUAACAUUGGUCGAUAUUUCUUGUAUAGAUAUAUAAUGUAAUAGUUAGUGUUAUAUCUUCCACAUUAUAAGCACACUCAUGUAUUUUAGGCUAAAAGUAUAAUUAUAACAUAUUAUCCUCAUUUUAUCCUCUAACCUCAGAAUGUUCUUAAAUGAAAAAGUAAGCUCCAGUAUGCUGUAGGUUUUGUUUCUAUUGAUAAAUCUACAGAAAACAAAGGUAUGUGCACAGUACUGCAUUGCACGUGUAUUUACUGAUACUUUUAGCAGAAUUUUGAGAAAUUGUUUAAUAAAAACAUCUUUGAAGGUAUAUCCACCAAUCAAUGGAUUGUGUUGAACUGACAACUGAAUUACAUAUUGUAAAUCAAACUACUUGAACUGGGACAUUCCUGUAAAUCUGAUAUUUUCCAGUUUAGCUCCAUUUUGCAAUAUUUUGUAAAUGUCACUGUUCUGUGGAAACAUGUUUUUUUUUUAUUUCUCUUGUUAAUUGAUUUUCUUUAGAAGUAUAAUCCACAGACAUUUUGAUCAGUAAAUGCUCUGCCCGGAGCUUACACUGAGUCAGACGCUGUAGACAUAGAAACUGACAUUUGGGUCGCUAAGUAACUAUGCAAACUCUCCAGGUCUUAGCUCAAAAAACCAGCUGCACUGGAAUAGGUCACACACUCAACAUGUUUGAAAUAAUCUUAUGAUACUACGAUACACCCUUUGUGGUCAGGGACAAUGAAACUGAAGAAGAAAGGGGUACAUGUCAGCAGGGAUGUAAAGGAACACGUUGUGUUACUAGCCUGCAAGAGGAAUCACCUAGGUAAAAUAGUUUUAAGGAUGAGGGAGAAAAAUAAAAAGGGUGAAAAUUAAGGGUGGGGUUGUUUGCUUCCAAACACAGAGAUACUGCCGGAAGAGGAGGAUGUUUAUAAGGAAAACGUCUCCCACAAAUACAGGCUAAAGGACCUUUGUAUCUAUGGCUGAGGUCCAUGAAGCCUUGCAGUGGGACUGAAGAAGCAAUUGGUAUGUCCGGUGGGGUGUGCGUGAAAUAAGACAAACAUUAAUAUCUAUAAGCGAUGCAUUGUCACCCUGCAGUUUAUUGUUUACCAGGAAAACUGUUGAGAAACUUAAAUGGGGAGUAGAUAGAGGCUGUUUAAACAGAAAUAGAAUGCCAAGGCUAGGUUAAGAUUGUUGAGAUUAAGAAAGAUGGAUGACCCUGUAAUUUUGGAAAAAUUGUGCAGUGUUAAAAUAGUAAUGCCAGCUUGAACAUUGUAAAUAUAAAGUGCAAGACAAGAGUCCAAUUUAAAACUAGACGUUUGUAUUGAUCGGCCAAAUUGGCUCGAUUGGCGAGUGUUCUGAAUCUCUUAAUUCUGAUUCAUCAUGUGACUGAAUCACAAAACAAAUGAAACAAGGAAUGGACACGUUGUUUAAUCGAUUUGCAAUUUGUUGAUACAUCUGUGGAGCCAAAUAAAAAAAAGUUUCAUAGAAAAAAAAAAAGAAGAUAAUUGAUGGUCAGGGCACAACCUCCAAAUGCUGAUGUCAUUCACAGAUUAAGUGAGAAAUGUGGGAAAGAGGGAAAGAAGGAGAAGCAGCAAACAAAUAAAUAUAUAUAUAUUGCAUAUUAUGUAUAAUAUUUAUUCAUAAUAUAUUAUAAAUACAGAUUUUGUUUUUUUACUGUCCCUCGCUUUUUCCUUCUGUUGGUUAAUUCUUCUGAAUUGAUCUACAAACCAUAACAACAAAUGCACAUAUCUAUGUACUGCAAAAUAUCUAUAAUAUUUAUAUUAUGUAUAUAUUUUGCACUAGACUGACAGAUCUAUAAUGGAGCAGGUGCUAUCUUGGGGGAAAGUGCUAAAAUUUGUUAGCUAAAUAAAGCAGUUUUGAUAUAUAGAUCAUGCGUCUGUAGCCUCACUCCUCAAUCUCUGCAAUUUAUGAGUUAAAUCCCUUUGUUUAUGCAUCCCUAGUCACAUCUCACUGCAUGUUACUUACACCGCCUUCCUAAACACCUCCUGUAAAGUGAGUGUAGCGAAUCGCUAGUCUUGACCAGGACUUCCUCUGCUGGAUCUGUGGUAACUGGAAUUUAGGAACAAGGCACUGAAAUGUGUUCUCCUCCUCCCCAGUAACUGGAUGACACACAGUUCUGAGAGUACAACUGAGUUUCAUUAUACAACACUCGGUCUUUUAUGCACAGACCCCAGCAUUGGGUCUCCUUUCAACAAAACACAAACCCCUCCCAGGCAUCCCUGUGUCCGGGAGACAAUUGUGUCAAAGACUGGUAACCAUGCAUAAAAUACCUGAAACAUCAAAAAUACAAAAUACAAUCAGAAUACACAGAAACCACACAAGUAUUAUAUCCCUGUAUAGCCCGGAUCUGAGUGCCCUAAGUUGUCCAAAUAGCACUCAGAUCUAGAUGAACUAUUUUGGUCCACUUUUGGUAGUUCCUGUGCAAACACUGAGUAAUGCUCCCCUUGGCUUUUAGGGAGCGAAUGCUCCCCCCAGUCGGUAGUUCUCCUAACUUUUCUGAGAGCUAAACGGGCAGCAGUACAGUUUUCCCGGGGUUCCACGAAUUCGAAAACCGUCUACCUCUGCCUACGUUCAGGAGACAAAAUGCCCAUCAUUUACUAGAACACAUGUGUUCAGUUAUACGAAUGGUGGCCACCAAGGGAAAGCACUUAAGCUAAUUGCUCGUUUGAACUUAACAAGUCAGAAGUGGUCGGUGUUCAGGUAGGUUUAAAAGGAGGACCACACAUCAUUCAUUCGUGAAACGAACAAGGGGUGUACGGACAACCGAACGGAGCUGGAACUGUGAGAUCUAAUGUUUAAAUUUCAUUAAGUACACAAUGUGUUUCAUUUUGUAUAUCUCCCACACUGUUAAUAGUCUGCUAGACCUUGCAUGAGCCUCCUGUGUGUGUGAUUAGAGUUCAAUUUACAGAGCAGAACAUAAAAACUUCUAAUGUACAUUCACAUCUGAAUGAAAAUUAAACUAUAUUUUUAUGCUGUGUGAGUCACAGCCAGGGGGGGUGUUUCUAGGGCUGCAUAAACAAAAACAGAAGUGAUUUAACUCCAAUCCAUAUUAGAAGCUCCUCACAAAUCACUUAAAUUGAGGAAUUUUAUUAUAUGCUAGAAAAAGAAAACAAGAACAUUUUGUUUUUACAUUUUAUAUGAAAAAAUGUAAACUGCACUGGAGAGGAUCAUCACGGAUAACCUUUAAGGAUUUAACCAAAAAUUUUAUCACCUUGAACUUACAGCAGUGGCCAAUUUCUUAUCAUGGAAAGGGAGGAUCAAGAUUGACCCAUACACUGCCAAUUUUAACUCAAAUCAAACAUUGAAAACGCUGAAGCGUGUGCUUGCAAAUCAAAAAGCUGUUAAGAAAUUGCCUCCAGACCUCCUGUUUAUAAUCCGCAGAAUUUACCAAUAGCACUCUGAUCUAGAGGGUCUUGCAAUUUAAUGCAAAACUAACAUUGUUAAUUAUACAAGCAGCAGAUACUUAAUUAGACAUACUGAAAACAAAAAGAAGAGAACCGUGUCUUUGUACUUACAAUCAAGAAGGGAAUAGUAUUUUAAGACAAAAGAUUGUAAGGAGAAAACACAAUUAUAAAGAUCAUGUGUAUUUUCCUUUUUUUAAUUUCAGCCCUAGAUUUUAGGAUUUUACAGAUCCUUUUGGUGACUCUGUGGUCAAGUCGAUUUCGAUUUCCAUUUUUCUUUUUAAGCAUAUAAUAGAUCUAAUCUGAAGAAAAUAAUAUGAAUCAAAAAUUAUUGAUUAUUGUCUGUGUCAACACAGAUGGCCUGCUGAUCAUUCAUCGUAUAGUAGUAGGAAAAUUACAGUGAUCAGCAUGCAAUAUACACCAUGAUAUAAUAUAUAUAAUUAAUUGAGUCUUUCUUAUUCUCUGACUCUGUGGCUGGUGCGGGGAAGAGAGUCAAAUAUUUCCAUGGAGUGCUCCUUUAUGUGUUUGUAUACAGGAACACUCCAAACGCCAUAACCACUAUAGCACACUACAGUAAUUAUGGUGCCACAAGUGCCCUGGAACCCUUCUAGUAUAAUCUGUCAAUUCCUUUUAGAAAGAUUGGGCAACUUACCUGGGCCCAGUCCCUGCUUCUCUAUUCUCCUUGCAGGAAAUCCUUUUAGCUCUUCUGAACUAAGCAGGGCCAUAUUGAGAGUGUCAGAUGAGUUAUAGCAGGUGUUGUACUUGGAGUAUUUCUUUAAUUUGUGAUGCCAUAACAAGAUUUGUGACUUGGUUUCAGAUAUUUUUACAUGGGUUUACUAGUUUAAUUGUACAGCAUUCUAAUUGUGUUUCUGUGUUUACUGAUCUUUUAUUUUUCCUUUCCAGGUUAUGCCCUGUCCUGUGUAAAUUGUGUUAAUCUAGGAGGCUCAUCGUGCACUGGCAAAAGUGUGACCUGCCCUGCUGGUUCCGUGUGUGCAUCGCAUUAUGUACUAGCUAAAUCAGGUACAUUGUUCAUUUAAAUACCAGUAAAACAACGUGUGCUUAGGAAAAAUGUAUGAAACAAAAAAAUGCUUAACACAUGAUAGGUUUCUUUGUAUCAAACAUUACCUCACUCAUAACAGCAUUAUUUUUGAAUUAGGUAUUAUUUAUUUUAUUAUAGCAAAUGGCUAACGAUUUUCCCAUAGAUGUCCCUUAGAGAACUAUUAUUAAGUUGGCAGUAUUGUCUUCUGGACAUUAGAGAAAUCUGCAGUGACAGUAUAGUUGAAGCCAUGCAAGAAAAAAAAAAUAUAAGGAUGCACAAGCUAUUUGACUGCAUUCUGUGAAUGUGCAAAUACAUUUCUUGGGUUAACUCACCGACGUAUGCAAUCAUUAGUCAGUCCCACUAUCAUGCCUCAUAGAAGCUGGGGUUGCUGGACCAUAUUGUUGGGAAAUACAUUGUAUGAAUAAGACUUUACAUCAUUGAUGCUUUAUUUUAUCCAUGUCAAUGGUAACCUUUUGGUUGGACAUGGAUGAUUAAGGCUUGAUGUCCUAAAAUAUUUAUGUUUAUCAUUAGUGACAGAGUUUAGAGUUGUAUCCUUUCUUACGUAAGCAGUGCCAACAUAGCUGAAACAAAAGAAAAAAUAAAUAAUAACAGUUUUAUAAAAUAAUGUGAAACUAUGUGAAACUAAAACAUUAAAACAAAGAAACAUAGGAAUUAUAUAAAGCGAAAACCUAAUUUUCAAUAUGAAUAUAAAGCAUUAUAAUAUUAGAAAAGUAUACAACUGACAACAUGGCCUAUUAUAGUUAUUCAUAAUAUAAUCACUGUACCAAAGAUGGGCAAGGCGGUCUCAGGGCUGAUGGAGGUUUGCUUUCUCUCCUGUUGUCUGCGGACGGCCUUUCCACUGAUUGUAGUGUUUGUAUCUGCCAUCUUGUUGAAUGCUUUUCUUUAAGUAUUGAGCCUUAUUCAUUGAAUACUUAUCAUUUAUAUGACUAUUCAUUAAAGUUGGAAUUUACAGUACAUUUCAGAUGCAAGAUCAAAAUAGCUGAACUGCAAAAAAAGACUCUGUUAGCUGUGCUGUCAGUUCAGCUACUGUGGUCUUAAACUGGUUCUGAUGCCUUUAAAGUUGCAGCCUAUGCUGAUUUUCUUUUUACAUAAUGACCAUUUAUUUUAUUUAGAAGAAUUAUUAGAUCUCUUGCACCAGUAUUUUGAGAUUUUCCACCAUAAAUUGAACUGUUUUCAGCUCUUCCCAUUGCAAUUUUUUGUGGUUAUGACACUUAUUUACUCUUUGGGCUUAAAGCCAUUACUCUGUAGAGCAAACCAAAACUUCAGUUGACUGUGUGCGGUAUGUGCCACACAAAAAUGAACCUUCUAUCGCAUUUAAUUUAUCUUAGUAUUAUUAUUUUUAUGUUAUUAUUUAUAUAGCGCCAACAAAUUCCGCAGCGCUUUACAAUCCAAUGGCUAUUGGAGGGAACGCCCGCCUGCCAACGUCCAGGCAGACCCCCCUAGGUGUGUUCUACACUCUAAUGAGCUACAGAGAUAGCUUUGCCAGAAGCUCAAGGAAGCAAGGUGAAAGGUCAGUGUAGGACCCGCCUAUGGAGGUCUGCCUUGAAGUUGGCAGGCAGGCAUUCCCUCCAAUGGCCAUUGGAGUAACUUAAUGACCUCCAUUUGUCUAAAUAUACAUACGGAUUAAGGAGAGAGCGCAGGUAACUUUUUCUUUGUUUUUUUACUGUAUGUAUUGGGGCUGAUGUGUACUGUGGUCAUUGCUGACGCCCAGGAGUGAUGGGAGUGAGCGCAGGACUUAUCUUUUUGUAUUUGUAUUCAAGUUUUUCGUUGCUUACUUCCUUUGAAGAGAGCCUUCACAACCCUACAAAACGUAAACAACUUUCAUAAUUCUAACAUAAAUAAUCACCCUACUCAGGUUUUCCUGAGUUUUGUAACAGCAACGGAAAAUUAUUUGGGGCCUUCUCCAAUCUCAGGAAUUGGCAAGAUAAUUGGGGUGCAAUGGCAUUGCUUUCUAUCUGUGACAAUCAUAAAAUGUUAUCCACAUCAGAAUGCAUCAUUUAUUAUAUCACAAUCAAGGCAUCACGUUUGCUUUAGAACCAUACAUAGUUUGUUCCUAAUUUUCUUAGUGCUGUGGGUUUUCCAUUCAACAUCUAUAGGCUAUGUGGGCUAUGUGGUUUUAUACUCGUUUAAGUAUGAUUUCUGGACACUGACUAAAUUUAAGAAUACUAUCCAUGGCUAGAUGCUAAUUGAAAUGUUCUUCUCUUACACAAUGUACAGGUUCUGAAGACUCACACAUUUUCAUUAGGUCAUGUUUACCAAAAAAACAAUGCACUCUGGAAGGAAGUGUCACCUUUACUGAUGGGAAUAUAAAGAUUGGAACCUCGUGUUGUAAUGCUAAAAACUGUAAUCCAACCUUUCCUUUACGUGAGUAAAAUUAAACUACAUUGACGUCUUAUUGUGCUUUUGAGAAUUUAUAUGGAUAAACAGAUGGCUGAACAGAUUGAUGGAAUCAACUUGCACUCGCAUAUUCAUAUCUUUUAAUGGCCUUGGUGUGAACUCCAACAAAAUCAAACUAAUCCAAAUAAGAGGAGAAUAACAUGAUAUUAAAAAAAAAAAAGUAUAUAUAUUUUUAUUUAUUCAAACUAGAAAGGAAACAUCAUUCAUAGUUUACAUUUUCACGUCUGGAUUCUGUUUGCAGAGGGAAAAUACACAUUGAAGUCUUUAGGGUAGCUAAUAAUUAGACAGUGGAAAACAUAUUAUAACGAAGAGAACUACACUGCUUCCCGAAUAGCAAUUUCCCCAUAGACUUCAGUGGAAUAAUUGCUAUUCAGUAAGAAGAGUUAGCCCUUGUUCUAAGAGAAACCAGGCAUAGCUCUUUCCAACAUGGCCUACAUUUUGCAUUUUUAUUAUCUCCAUGGUUACACGAUCUGUACCAAGUUAACAUAUAAUAAUGAAUCAGGUUUUUUGGACUCCAUUUGACUUUUAUUGACUCAAUUUUCUUCCAUUUAAGUGCCGGAUGACAACUCUCAAGUAAACAAUAUAACAUGCCCAGCGUGCAUAUCUGAGGACUCGGAAACCUGCUCCACCAGUGAGACCAUUUUAUGUACUGGGAAUGAGACACAGUGUAUUCUACAAAGUACGAAGAUAAAAGGUAUAGCAGUUACAUUGUUACUUUCUGAUGUGCAAUAUUACACAUAAUGAUAUGUUUUAGUUAUAUUAUAGAGCAUGUCAUAUUGCUUUAUUACCUUCCUGUAACACAAUCAAUGGUGCCAUUUAAAUGUUUUGUUAUAAAAAAAUAGGCUACCCAAGGAUUCUAUAUCUAUAUCUUAAAAUGUGACUGCACGUACAAUAACAAUUAUAGCUUAGAGUAGUGGUUAUAGUGCCAUAGGUCUUUACCAGCAAGCUUAGUCUUCCAUUGCCAUCUAGGCUAGGCAGAAUAUUUUUGACAAUGCUGAAGUGUAGCUCCAAUAUUAUUGGUUGUACUGCAGAGUGGUGGUCUAUGGGUGUCACUAAGAGCCCUAGUUAUUGGCAAUCCACUCCAAGACAGUUCAACAAAACAAGAGGAGACCACGCACAUACAGUUUAUAUUACCGCAACCAUUACAGUGAACUAUGGUGGUUCUGUUGCCUGAAGAGCAUUUUUAAUAAGAAACAAGUGGUGAGAGACUUUACAAUUAAUGGCCAUACAAAUGCUAGUACUGCUAAAUAAGGUAUCUGGUAUGAAUAAGUACAAAUAUUUCAUGUAUAGUGAGUGGCAAAGACCAUGUUCUAGACCACAGAUGGUUAUUUAAAAAUUAUAUAAAAAAUAGCUAAGGCCAGUGGAUGAAAGAUUAUUUGAUGCAGAGCUAUGGAUCCUACUACUCUGGUAGGUUAUGAACCUAACCAGUUUAGAGAUAUAGUAACCCCUUAAGGACUGAGCCAAUUGUACAAGUUGUGAUCAAAACAAAACGUAAACAAAACCUUGAAUUUGCGCUAUAUGUCUGUUGAGACGUAAUUCACCUCUUUCAUAUUAUGUGCACCCACACUUAUCAUAUAUAAUUAUGUUCAGGAGAAACAGGGCUUUCAUGUCACAUCAAAUAUUUGUAUCUUAAAUAUGCCAGACUGGUUAUGUUGCCUUUGAGACCAAAUGGUAGCCCAGGAAUGAAAAUUACCCCCAUGAUGGCAUACCAUUUGCAAAAGUGGACAACCCAAGGUAUUACAAAUGGGGUAUGUCCAGUCUUUUCUAGUAGCCACUUAGUCACAAACACUGGCCAAAGUUAGCAUUCAUAUUUGUUUGUGUGUGAACAUUUUUAAAAACUAAAUUGAAUGCUAAUUUGGGCAGGGUUUGUGACUCAGUGGCUACUAAAAAGACUGGACAUACCUCAUUUGCAAUACCUUGCGUUGUCUACUUUUGCAAAUGGUAUGCCAUUAUGGGAUUGCGACCGCCGUCAGGGGAACGGCGGGGACCCGGUAAGUACAAAGGACGUCCCGUUCUAUGCCGCCCGCCGGUGUUUAGGACCGCCUAAAAAAUUUUUUUUAGGGUUAAAAUAACACUACAGCUUUUGUAAUAAAAAUAUGUAUUCCAAAUGUUAUAGUGUUCUACUUCUUAUAUAGAUGUAGGUUGCCGCUAAAUAUAAUUAAAAAAAAACAUUAAACAUUUUUUCAGCUUUGAGACUUACUUCGUGCAGCCGUUUUCUCCACCUUCCAUUUUUCCAUUUCAUCUUCUCUGAGGCUAUUCCCCAUGAAAUGAGUGAGAACAUUGAAUAUCACUAAACCAAGUCUGACUUAGUCGUAUAAGUGGAAUGCUUCCCCUAGUGGCACUGAUUAGUGUAUUAAGUUAGGCAUAUGGUUGGUUUUUAUAUUCAGUUGUAAUAUAAUUGAUAUUUGAUUAAAAAAAAGGUUGACACCAGCCCAUAUAUUAUAAACAUUUCUUACGUACUGUCUUUGUUCUCUACAGGAAGCAAAUCCUUUCCUGUGGCACUCCGUGGCUGCUCCACAAAAAGUUUCUGCGAUUUGGGUAGUCAGACGCUGAAACACAGAGAUACCACUUUGAAUGUUAAAUUUACCUGCACCAAUGAAAAUAAUUAUUCACAUUCAGAAUUGUAAUAUGAUACAUGAAUAAAUUACUUUAAUACAGCAUUUCUAGUA